GGAUAGGCAGAUCAGAUAAGCAGACUGGCUGGAUCUCUCUCUCUCGCACUCAAACAGAUCUAUCUAAAGUACGUCGGUCUGUCUAUCAACGAUGGUGGUCCCUGGCUCUCAACACGCAGAGGACAAGAUGUAUCAUCCUCCGGAGGGUCUGCAGAAGGAUGCUCAUGUACCUGACUUCAGCUGUUAUCUGGAACUUUACAAGAAGUCUAUUGAGGAGCCGGACGUAUUCUGGAAAGAGGUCGCUAGUGAUUUCUAUUGGAAGAAACCUCCUACGGGUCAGAUCCUGCAGUGUAACUUCGAUGUGACCAAAGGGAACAUCUUUGUGAAGUGCAUGGAGGGAGCCACAACUAACAUGUGCUACAACGUCCUGGACAGGAACGUGAAGGACAAGAACCUUGGUGAACGAGUGGCAUUCUACUGGGAGGGGAACUCACCUGAUCACCACAUGGCCAUCACCUACAGUCAGCUGCUGGGGCAGGUGUGCAGGUGUGCCAAUGUUCUGAAGCAGAUGGGAGUGAGGAAGGGAGACAGGGUGGCCAUCUACCUCCCUAUGAUUCCAGAGCUGGUGUACACCAUGCUGGCCUGCACCAGGAUAGGAGCGGUCCACUCCAUCGUGUUUGCAGGCUUCUCCUCUGAGUCUCUGUGUGAGAGGAUCCUGGAUUCCCAGUGCAGUAUCCUGGUGACUGCAGAUGGUGUACACAGAGGGGAGAAAUGGAUCAACCUGAAGCAGAUAGCAGAUGAAGCUCUGGAAAAGUGCAAGGAGAAAGCGUCAGCGACUGUUAAAAGAUGUCUAGUAGUUAAGCAUCACGCACUGAGGAUACAAAGUGGGGAUGUUUCUAACAAACUGCAGACUCCGUGGGAUGCUGCGUGUGAUGUGUGUUGGGAGGAGGUGAUGGGACAGGUCUCAGAGCAGUGUGAACCUGAGUGGCUGGAUGCAGAGGAUCCUCUCUUUAUACUUUAUACCAGCGGAUCUACUGGCAAACCAAAGGGUGUCCUCCACACGGUAGCAGGCUACCUGCUCUACACCUCUCUGACCUUUAAGUAUGUGUUUGACCACCAGCCAGACGAUGUGUACUGGUGUACCGCAGAUAUAGGAUGGAUCACCGGACACUCCUACAUCACCUAUGGACCCCUGGCCAACGGGGCUACCAGCGUACUGUUUGAGGGUAUUCCAGUCCACCCUCACGUUGGGCGUUUCUGGGAGGUGAUUGAGAAGUACAGAGUGACCAAGUUCUACACAGCUCCCACAGCCAUACGCCUUCUGAUGAAGUACGGGAAAGAGCCACUACAAAAAUACGACCUGUCAUCGCUGAGGAUCCUGGGAACUGUAGGCGAGCCCAUCAACCCGGAGGCGUGGCAUUGGUACUACGAGGUUGUUGGUCAGAAGAGAUGUCCCGUCGUGGACACCUUCUGGCAGACUGAGACCGGAGGACACGUUCUGACGCCACUUCCUGCUGCUACUCCUCUGAAACCAGGAUCAGCUACCUUUCCUUUCUUCGGAGUGGAUCCCACCAUACUGAAUGAGCAUGGAGAGGAACUGGAGGGAGAGGCAGAGGGCUAUCUGGUGUUCCGGCAGCCCUGGCCUGGUAUCAUGCGCACCGUGUACGGAAACCAGGAACGCUUUGAGAACACAUACUUCAGGAAAUUCCCAGGUUUUUACGUGACCGGAGACGGCUGCAGGAGGGAUAGAGAUGGCUACUACUGGAUCACAGGCAGGAUAGAUGACAUGAUCAACGUAUCAGGUCAUCUGUUGAGUACAGCGGAGAUAGAGUCCGCUCUAACAGAGCACGGAGCGGUGGCCGAGGCUGCAGUGGUCAGCAGACCCCACGCGGUCAAGGGGGAGUGUCUCUACUGUUUCGUUACUCUGAAGGACUGCAGAGAGUUCAACCGCACUCUGGUGGACGAACUCAAGAGGCAAGUGAGAGAGAAGAUUGGUCCGAUCGCCACUCCAGACUUCAUCCAGAGCGCUCCUGGACUUCCUAAAACACGUUCUGGUAAGAUCAUGAGGAGGGUCCUGAGGCAGAUCGCCCGGAACGAGAAGGAUCUAGGUGACCUUUCAACCCUGGCUGACCCUAAGGUCGUGGAGGUGCUGUUCAGCCAGCGGUGGGAGACAGCUGCUUGAGGGGGAGGGGGGCGGCAUGUCAAACACUCUCAGGUGGCGUCCUCUCCUCGUGUCCUCUCCUUCUCUCCUCUCCUUGUCUCCUCUCUUUUAUCUUUAUUUUUCUGAAAACGCAGGAUAGGUGAAUUAUAGGAUAUAGACUACGGCGGAUGGGAUAUUUAUGUUCUCUCACCUAUUCAGUUUUGUUUAUCAGUGCAGAUGAAGGAGAGGAGACGCGGAGAGGAGACGCGGAGAGGAAGCCAGGUUAGACUAUUUAGAAACACCCAGAGAGGUUCUUCGUCAUGUCCUCUCUCAUGGUGCAUAUGAAUACGGCACUGGUCCUGAGAUCAGUCUCAGGGAUUUUUUUUGUGCAGUGUUUGGGGGUGGGAUUAGGGUUGUGAGGACAGAUCCUAGAUCAGAUUUUAUGGGAAAAUUGACUUUGAGUUAUUAUAUGUAGACAAAAGGAAGCAACAGUCUGAUGAAUGUCCAAGCGUUACAUUCAGUUUAUACAUAUUCUUUCCAAACGGGUAAAAAUAAUUUUACAAAUAGUUGUUAAUGCAACAAUGUCAGUCUACUUGUAAUAACGGGUGGGCCGAUAUUGAGGUGAACUGGACCCAGAAUCAGAAUCAGAAUCUUGUUUGUUGCUCGGUAACCUAACCUCUGGGACAUUCUCUCAGUGUUCUAAAUGAUUGAUGAGCUCAGGAUUGAUCAACGUGAUGAAUCAGCCUGUAGCUUCCAUCUUGCUUUUCACAAAGUGCUCCUCAGACCGAUAGAUUAAUACUGUUCGCUAAUGUCUAAAUGAUGAAGGAAAGCUAGCUAGCUGUUCACUCUUUAAAGCUAUGAAAACUAUCCCAGGGAGUCCAGUCAGCUUUCCACACUUCUUCACCAGGGCUUGUAUUUGUUUGGACGUGAAUAUAUAUUGCCAACUUGAGAUUGUAUGUUUUUAUGACUUGAGAAUAAAAGUGGUUCAUGUU